UCUCCCCCCCACCCCACCGCAUUCAAGACUCGUGAGGGGGCGGGGCAGAGUGUGAGGAGAAAAAGGCGCGGCGGCGGCGGCGGCCGUUGAGGAAGUUGUUCGCCGGCAUAUUGUACUCGAUGGACCUGGAGUGUCGGAGGCACCUGAAGGAGGAGGAAAAGGAGCCGGAGGCAGAAACAAGACAGUAGCUACAAGAAUAGAACAAACCUGAAUAACAGAAUUGAAGGGACCUUGGAGGUCUUCUAGUCCAACCCCCUGCUCAAGCAAGAAAUACUAUACUGUAUCAGACAAAUGGCUACCAAUGUCUUCUUAAAAACCUCCAAAGAUUAUUGAUAGAAGAAAAAAGGCCGUCAACAUGGAGUCUGUUUGGGAAUGCGGUUAGUCAAUAAAUUAUGAUGAUACAGUACAACUUGCAUGGUGGUAUGGAAAAAAAAAACAAGACAAAGUAUCUUAUUAGUGUUUUGGAAAUAAAAGUAUUCUACUGGACUAUGCUAAAACCUAUUAGUUUGAAAUAUCCAGCAAUGUCUGAUAAAUAAUUUGGAGACCCUCAUGACUGUUGCAGAAGAAUGGCUGUAAUUUGGAUGAUCCAUUAUCUUUGGCUUUUGGCAGUUCUAGCAAGAUGCAGUGGUGGCCACAGCCUAUUCUCUUGUGAACCCAUAAUCCUGAGGAUGUGCCAAGAUCUUCCGUACAAUACUACAUUUAUGCCUAACCUUUUGAAUCAUUAUGAUCAACAAACAGCAGCUCUAGCAAUGGAACCAUUUCAUCCUAUGGUAAACCUUGAUUGUUCCCGAGACUUUCGACCAUUCCUAUGUGCUCUCUAUGCUCCUGUUUGCAUGGAAUAUGGUAGAGUCACCCUCCCAUGUCGCAGAAUUUGUCAACGAGCAUAUAAUGAAUGUUCAAAGCUCAUGGAGAUGUUUGGUGUGUCUUGGCCUGAAGACAUGGAAUGCAACAGGUUCCCAGACUGUGAUGAGCCUUACCCUCGCCCCAUUGACCUCAAUGUAGUUGGGGAACCAACAGAAAAAACAACAGUGGAAGUGCAAAGAGACUAUGGUUUUUGGUGCCCUCGCGAACUGAAAAUAGACCCCGAUCUGGGCUACACAUUCCUGCGGGUACGGGACUGCUCCCCUCCUUGUCCAAAUAUGUACUUUAGACAAGAAGAACUUUCUUUUGCACGAUACUUCAUUGGUGUGAUCUCCAUUGUUUGCCUUUCCGCUACCUUGUUCACUUUCUUGACUUUCCUGAUUGAUGUCACAAGAUUUCGCUAUCCAGAAAGACCCAUAAUCUUCUAUGCUGUUUGUUACAUGAUGGUGUCCCUCAUUUUCUUCAUUGGCUUUUUGUUAGAGGACCGGGUUGCCUGCAAUGCCUCCGGCCCUGCCACUUACAAGGCUUCCACAGUGACACAGGGCUCUCACAAUAAAGCAUGCACCAUGCUUUUCAUGGUACUGUAUUUCUUUACCAUGGCUGGGAGCGUUUGGUGGGUGAUUCUUACCAUCACUUGGUUUUUGGCAGCUGUCCCAAAAUGGGGUAGUGAAGCUAUUGAGAAGAAAGCCCUCCUCUUCCAUGCUAGUGCAUGGGGCAUCCCUGGAACCCUUACCAUCAUUCUCCUAGCUAUGAAUAAAAUAGAAGGUGAUAACAUCAGUGGCGUAUGUUUUGUUGGCCUUUAUGAUGUAGAUGCCUUGAGAUACUUUGUCCUUGCUCCUCUCUGCCUGUAUGUGGUGGUUGGAGUUUCUUUGCUACUUGCUGGCAUCAUUUCUUUAAAUCGGGUUCGUAUUGAAAUUCCCUUAGAGAAGGAAAACCAGGACAAGUUGGUGAAAUUUAUGAUUCGGAUUGGCGUCUUCAGUGUACUGUAUCUUGUGCCACUCUUGGUUGUCAUUGGCUGCUAUUUCUAUGAACAAGCUUACCGAAGUGUGUGGGAGACAACAUGGAUUCAAGAAAGGUGCAAAGAAUAUCACAUACCCUGCCCUUAUCAGGUUACCCAAAUGAGUCGACCCGACUUGAUCCUCUUCCUUAUGAAAUAUCUGAUGGCCCUCAUAGUGGGAAUCCCAUCAGUCUUUUGGGUUGGAAGUAAAAAGACUUGCUUUGAAUGGGCCAGCUUUUUUCAUGGGCGCAGGAAAAAAGAGGUUGUUAAUGAGAGCCGGCAAGUACUUCAGGAACCCGACUUUGCUCAGUCUCUCUUGAGAGAUCCAAAUACACCCAUAAUUCGCAAAUCCAGAGGGACUUCCACCCAAGGAACUUCCACUCAUGCAUCCUCUACACAAUUGGCUAUGAUGGAUGACCAGCGAAGCAAAGCAGGCAGUGUGCAUAGCAAAGUCAGUAGCUACCAUGGAAGCUUGCAUAGGUCACGAGAUGGCAGAUAUACCCCCUGCAGUUACCGUGGAAUUGAAGAUCGACUACCUCAUGGCAGUAUGUCCCGAUUGACUGACCACUCCAGGCAUAGCAGUUCCCAUCGGCUCAAUGAUCAGUCACGUCACAGUAGCACCAGAGACCUCAGUGGAAAUCCAGUAACUCACAUAACUCAUGGCACCAGCAUGAACCGAGUUAUUGAAGAAGAUGGGACCAGCGCUUGAUCUGCACUUCUUUUCCCAUCUCACACUUAUUUUUAAAUGAACGGCAUCCAUUUCUUAUCAAAAUAAUAUAUCAGCUUUUACUCCUCUUUUCAGCCAGAAUGGCACCCAGUUCGGUCAGUACCUUUUUCCUGUAGCUCAAUAUUUCUUAGAAAGACUGCCUCUAAGCAAGUCUGUUGUUGAUCAAUUCUACAAGUUAAUUGUGGAUGCAUUUAAGAUUGGCUACUAUAUUUAUUUGUUGAUGUUUUCCCCAUCGUUUCUAAAAAUCCCUAUGCAUCUAUAAGUGUCAUACUACGAAGGCUCUGUGAAAAGUUUCCCAAAGUAGAAGACUGGGUUUGCUUUUUUGUGGAGGGAGAGGGAGAUAUCUGUUUUGCUUUUUUCCAUUUUAAUAAAAUAAUAAACUAGUUAGUUGUUCUCCUGAGGUACAGAAUGUAGGCUGCAUAUUAAAAACUAUAUAGAGGACAUCAGAGAUUAUUAGUGAAUGCAUUGGGAAUACAACAAAAGAAAAAAAUAGCAAAAGUCUUAAUAUUGUUGGCUCUUAAGUUAAAUUCUGGUCUUGAUGGAGAGGGAGGAAGUUUAUCAACAUUUAGUGUAAAGUUUCUUGUUUGUGUUUUGAUAGAAAAUAUUCCAAUUUACUACUAGUUUUCAAAGAAAAGCAAAGUGGAGUUGGUUCUUAAUUAUCAAACGGAAUUAAACACCUUCAAAAUUCUUAUUGAAUAGGAGAGAAAUUGAUUUUUUAAUAUAGCAACUAUUGUAGCCUUUAGGAAUAUUACAAAAAUUCCCCCAUGCUUCAAUUCUUUCAGCAUCAGUGCCUUGAACGGUUCUUCCUAUAUCUAUUCUAGGACAUUUUGGGAGGAAAGUGUUAAUUGCCUCUUUCAAAGAAUCUGAGAUAAUUUUUUGAGAAAUGAAGGGCAAGAGGAUCCAUAAAAUAAUAAGUACUUAGAAUAAUCUGUUAUCCUGUUUAUGAAGAAUAUUUGCUGAGCUCUGCAGAUAGUCAUUGAGGAGAAAAUGUUGAAUUCGAUCAUUUUCAGUUCCAAACUCAAGAUAUGCAUAUGGAAACCAGAAGAACAAAUGCAGCCAAACCCUUCAGUCUACUAUUGUAAGCAGCUUUUUGAAUUCAACUGCCCAAUUGCGAAGCACUAGUUUUCAGCUUAUUAUUUCAAAGUUCUUUGAUAUUUAGGGACCAAUUCAAGAUUAACAGCAGUGAGACUAUAAUUCCAGAAUAGGGAUUUUUCUCAUUUGAAGAUGCAACUCAAAAUUUAUUGUACAAGACAAUGUAAGACCAAUUAAAUAGAAUGGGUUUUACCUCCAAGUUAAAAGUACAAGCAAUGAGUUCUUAACUGCAGUGUAACCAGCUAUAGUUUUGUAUUCAUUCACACUUAUGAAUGAUAUGCACAUGAGCAAUUUAAAUAUGCAAACCUACAGUUCUUAAUUAAAACAUUGCCCAUGCUUGUCUUGGACAGUGAACUUGAUUUUUCUAAGGCAGCUAUUGGCAUGAGUUAAGGAAGCACUUGUGUGUGUUUAAAUCUACCUCAUCUAUUGCUCUAAUACUACUGCUGGAAAAUUAUUAUUCUGCUUCUUUUUCUUAAUAUGCACCCUCCCUUAUAUCAACUUUUUAUAUAUACAGUGGAGAACAUAUGCUAGGUAUCUGAAUUUAAUGACAAACCAUUUCAUUCUUGGUUCAUCAAGAAAAGUAACCGGUGCUGAAAUACUUUGGAGCUACAAGAAUUAGGCUUAGUAUUAUUUUAAAUUCUAAUUUAUAAAUUGUGAAGUGCCAGAUCAGCCACUUUGUAACUUGAUUAGGAGCUUAAAAUCAACUGGGAUCAAGAUAAUGUUAAUUAUGAGAAUAUAAUUAUGAGGAAGCCUGAACAGCAUCCAAACCAUGGUAAGCAAGGAUUUUUUUUCCUGUCCUUGUUCUAGCAAAAUUUGCAAUAUUUUCAUUUCAAGAGAAAUAUUAAUAUCAAGGGAGUUUUCCAUAAAAUGUAAAUAUAAUGCAGGUAGCCCUUGUUAUUUGUGGUGGUUCUAUUCCAGUCUAACAGCCAUUGAUAACAAAAUUGUGCAGAACAAGACUUUGAAGAAGUGUACUUUAUUCAUGAGCAAAGGCCGCCAUUAUUUUGUGCACGCUUAAAUACCUCCCUCCAUUAAAAAAUACUCUAGAAAUCUUCCAAAUAGAAUAAUGUAUCAAAGAUCAAAGCUAUCCAAUCCUUUUGCAAAUAAUAAAAUGUGAUCUGUAUUUACCAACCAUAACUAAUGGAUUGCAGAUAACAAAGGUCACCUGUACCAACUUCAGAGAAGUGGGACUGUUCGAUCAGAACUGGGGAAAGACAAGUUAAACCUCCAGUCUAGAAUCUGCUUGGGUUUUUGCACAAUUCCUGCUUUUUAAAAAAUAUAAUUAAUAUAUAUAUAUACACAUACAUACACACACAUACACUAUACAUAAUUCAAUCAGUGCAACAAACAUCUGAUUUAACUAUAAGGCAACACAAUUAUUAAAUAUCCAGCAAUGUUUUUUUUUUUCUUUGUUCUUGGCAUACAGCAGUCCCCAAACUACGUAAUUCAAAAUAGGCAAAAAUAAAAAUGUCUGUUAGGGGAAAAUAUCUGUAGAAUUUUAAGAAAUUUUAAAAGAUCUAAUAAAAUAUUUUUUUCUUAAUGUGUUUACAAUUUGAGUCAGCAUGGAUUCCCAUAGAUUUAACUCACUCAGAAAAAAAAUUGUCCUAGAAAAUAGCAACAUAGUUUGCUUCUACAUUCUAGUCAAAGCUUACAUAUCAACUGCCUUUUUCUAUUAAUGUAAGGCAGAAUGGAGCCAAGAGACUUCCCGUAGCUAUAUGUCAAAGCUGCUUGCAGGAAAGCAGCAGACAAAACAACUGCCACAUUCUUUUUUUCCACUAAUUGUCUGUUAAGAUACCUACCUUUUAAAUCUGAGAUUUAUAUGCCAACCAGUGCUGCUUCUUAAAAAAAACUCUAUUGGGGUAUCUCCACUUCUCAACUGUUGAAAUUGGGGCAAAUGCCUGUAAAUGAAUAUCUUUCCACCUUCAUUGCUCAAUGAAGCAAGCACUUUUCAAAAUCAUCCUACCUCCUCAGGCAGCUUGCCUGACCCCCCUAUUUUUCUUCAGUUAACCAUAUUUAAGUAGUGCUGGAUAAAACAUUUACAUGGUGGUUUUAUAAAAUGCUAUACUUGGACAGUGCGCAGAAAAUCAUAUAUUGUGAUCAUGCAGUCGACCUGUACAACUUCUCAAAACUAGAAUGUUUUUCAUUGGGACUGAUGUGGCCAAAAUAGAAAAUUCUGGCCUUAAUACAGUAUGUUUUUAUCAACAAAUAAAAAUUAAUUUGCAAUCUCAAGUACUUUUAAAGAAUAUUAAUAAAACACAAUCCAAGUGGUUCUAGAAACUCCAAGGCAUUUCUGCCACUUUGGGCUCCAUCUUGCAUACCUGAAACUGCUAGACCCAAAGCAUCUAUUUUUUCCUCCCCAUUCAGGAGCUGUGGAAAUAGAUUUAUUUAUAAUAUAAUCUAUUCUUCAGUUUACUUUCUUAUGUACAAUAAAUAAUGUCCUCUGUUAGCAAUGCUGUCACCAUAAACCAAACAGUUUGAGGGUUUAUUAUCAGCAGAAGGCUUUUUAUUUUAUUUUUUGUAAUUGCAAUAGACUUAAUCUUUGGUUUUACAAAGAAUUUGUUUUUCUCUUUUGCAAAAUGACACCAAGCAAAAAAAUUAGGCUAUAUUUAACAUUAGCUUGUUACUUGGGAGUUUUUCUUUUAACUGACUGGGACAUGCAUCCUUGGAAUGGUGUUAUGUAAAAUCUAUGUCCAAUUUUGAAUAUAAAUUAUGCAGAUCACUCUUGUGGCUCUUUAUAUAUAAAGAAAACUGACUUAAAAUGACACAUGAACUAGUUUUAGUAGAAUGGCAUCUGGGCUCCCAUUUGUUCCCCUUGCUGAGAAGCAUCAUUUGCCCAUUCCCCAAUUUUGAUUUGAUUAUGUCACUGUUGCAGGUAAUGUUGCAACUAUAACAGAUAUAGAAUAUUGAACAAUUUAGUAAUUAAGCCAGUUUCUGUCAGAUCUCGCGUAGUUAGGUAGAGAAGAUAAGUCUUUGUUCUAGAAAAAAAAAUAGUUCAACCUUAGCACAAAACACCUGCAUUUAAUGUUGUAAUUUGUAUAAAAUGACUUGAUAGGUAUAAGCUACUUUUUGCCAGUGCAGAAAACCAAAAUGAAGUAGCAGAUUAAAGAAAAGAUUGUUUACUUCCUCUGUUUUCAAACAGGGGAAGGGUUGGCUUUUUUUUAUAAUUUCUGUCAGGAAAAUUCUUUGCAAAUUCUAGUACUUCCAAUCAAUGCUGUUAUUGCGUAGAGGGGGGUUGUUAAUGUUUCUUUUUUAAAAAUCAGUUUUAUUACCUUUAUCUGAAAUUGAGAUUUGAGAAUAAGAGAUAGAUUUGAGUACACCAGCAUGGUACCUGAUCUCCAAUGCUAACAAUUCAACUUGCACUAAACUCCUUGUAGAUUUGAUUCCUCAUGUACAAUAAGCCAGUGUCCUACUCAGUUUUAUUUUGUUUUUAGCACCUUAACUGUGCAUGUACAAACGGUUACCAUAGCAUUGAUUAAGCAUUUUGUUUUUGUUUUUUAAAGACUAUUUAGAAUUUUUAAUAAAAAGACUAAAAUGAAA